AUGUCCUCCGCGGGCUCAGUCUUCGGAGACCACUGCCCGCUCGCGCUGAGCCCGGCCCAGCUGCAGCGUCUCCCGCCAGACUCGGUCGCCGUCCUCGAUGCGUCCUGGCACAUGCCCAACUCGCCCCGCAACGCUCGCGCUGAGUUCGACGCGCUCCGCAUCCCCCGCGCACGCUUCCUCGACCUCGACGCCGUCGCCAGCACCCACCCACUCGCUCUCAAGCACAUGAUGCCCUCUCCUGUCCUCUUUGCCCAGGCAUGCGAGGACUUUGGCAUCUCCCCCGACUCCCACGUCGUCCUCUACGACUCCCACGGUGUAUUCUCGUCCCCCCGCGCCCUCUUCAUGUUCCGCGCCUUCGGUCACAACCGCUCCAGCAUCCUCGACGGCGGCCUCCCCGCCUGGCUCGCCCACGGUGCUCCCACAGAGUCCGGCCCCCUCCACCCCAUCGAGUGCGGCAGAUACCCCACGCCCAGCCUCGACAAAUACCUUAUCAAACGCUACGAGCAGAUCGUCGCCAACUCGAAGCUCGACCCCGCUUCCAGCAUCCACGCCGAGGUCGUCCUCGACGCCCGCCCCCACGGCCGCUACGCCGGCACCGCACCCGAACCGCGCCCCGGGCUCCCCUCGGGCCACAUCCCGCACUCCUUCUCCCUCCCCUUCUCCGCGCUCCUGCAGACGCACGAGUACGCCUCCACGCACACGCGUGCGGCCCCCGCGCCGACAUACACCACGCUCGCGCCGCCCGCCGCGCUCCACGGCGCGCUCGCCACCGCCGUCGGCCCCGAGCUCGCGGGCGAGAUCACCGAAGGCCGUAGGCGCGUCGUCGCCAGCUGCGGGAGCGGCAUGACCGCCGGCGUCGUCUGGCUCGGCCUCGGGCUCGUGGGCGUGCGCGACGUCGGGCUCUACGACGAGUCCUGGACGGGGUAUGCGAUGCGCGAGGAGAGCGAGAUCGUCAAGGGCGAGCCUGCGGAGGCGGAGAAGCGGUGA